AUGAACUUCACCUUUAUUUCCCGCAUACUGCUUCAAGAAAACACUACCUAUAGACCACUGGCCUUCACUGAUUGGAGCCGACAAUUGGUUUCGCGAAUAGAGAAGAGGUAUGGUUUGUCAAGCCUAUGUUUUUCGAAUCCCAUACCAACGAAAUGUGUUGUUCAAAAUUACACCGAGGAUCCUGCUGUAAAACUGUUACAAGAAUAUAUACAAAUAGAUACCAGUGUAAAAGAUAAUAUCGAAUACGCUGUUAAUUUUUGGGAACGUCAAGCGGCCGCGAUAGGCCUACCGUUUUUUGUGUACCGGCCAGCAUCGAAGCCGAUAUGUGUAAUCACAUGGACUGGUACAAAUCCAGAGCUUCCAAGUAUAAUUCUCAAUUCGCAUAUGGACGUCGUUCCUGUUGCAGAGCAAGACUGGACUUAUCCGCCAUUUUCUGCAUAUAUCGACGAGAACGGGAACAUGUACGGGCGCGGUACCCAAGAUACUAAAUCUAUCAGCAUUCACUAUUUGGAAGCUAUAAGAAAACUGAUGAAAGAUAACGUGAGGCUGAAACGCACUGUUCACCUUACUUUUAUUCCAGAUGAAGAAACUGGCAGCUUUAAUGGGAUGAUACCAUUCAUUGAAACUGAAGAAUUUCGAUCAUUGAAUCCUGGUUUUUUUUUUGAUGAAGGACUUUCAACUAAUGAUACACUUGUCGUGACGUAUCAAGAUAAAAGACCAUGGCAACUUAAUUUAACCCUUCAUGGGGAAGGCGGUCAUGGGUCUUCUAUAACAGAUGGCACUGCAAUGGAGAAGCUACAUCGAUUAUUGGAUGUGACAACGCAGUUCAGAGAGCAGCAAAAGCAAAUCAUGAUUUCCAAUAGCACAGAUUAUGGAUCGUACACGACCCUUAAUGUGAAUAUUAUUCGUGGCGGAAGUGUCCCGAAUAUUAUACCCAACCGAGUUAACGUGGUGAUUGAUAUAAGAUUGGCCGUUUCUGCUCGCGUCGAUGAAGUGGAAUCAUUGAUUCAGUCGUGGCUUACGCCACUUGGGAGCAACACUGAACUGACCUUCAUUCGUAAAUUGGAUGUAUCGGAGCCCACUCGACUGGACGAAACCAAUCCAUAUUGGGUUGCCGUUAAGGACGCUUUACAGGAGAUGGACAUUAGCUUUACACCAAGCAUAUGUCCAGCUACGUCUGACAUGGUAUAUGUUCGAAAUCGAGGUUUUCCUGCAAUUGGGUUCGCCUACAGGCCGUACACGGUGUCGCGCAUUCACGCAGCCGAUGAAUAUCUGAACAUGGACAUAUUUUUGAAAGGAAUAGAUGUUUACGUCAACAUUUUAAAGAAAGUUGCAAACUUGCUG